UAACCUCCAAACAACAGUGACUGACAAGUUAUGUUUGGAGAUUUUUUUUUCGCUAAUUCACGCUAGAUUUUAUUAAACAGUAAAACAACAAUAAAAAUAUAUACUUUGAAGUAAAAAUAUAAUAAAAAAUGAGUUCAAUUGGUACUGGUUAUGAUUUAUCGGCAUCACAAUUUUCUCCCGAUGGAAGAGUAUUUCAAGUUGAAUAUGCUCAAAAAGCUGUUGAAAAUAGCGGAACUGUAAUUGGUCUUCGUGGCAAGGAUAGUAUUGUUUUUGCUGUUGAAAAACUUGUAACAUCAAAAUUAUAUGAAGCCGGUGCAAAUAAAAGAAUAUUUAAUAUUGAUGAACAUGUUGGUAUGGCUGUAUCUGGUUUAAUAUCAGAUGCACGUCAAAUUGUUGAAAUUGGUCGUUCUGAGGCAGCAAGUUAUCGUUCACAGUAUGGCAUUGGUAUACCAUUAAAAUAUUUAAAUGAACGUGUUGCAAUGUAUAUGCAUGCAUAUACAUUAUAUUCAGCAGUAAGACCAUAUGGUUGUUCAGUCGUUGUUGGUGCUUAUGAAGCUGAAGGACCACAAAUGUAUAUGAUUGAUCCAUCAGGUGUAUCAUAUGGUUAUUAUGGUUGUGCUGUUGGUAAAGCAAAACAAUCAGCUAAAACUGAAAUUGAAAAAUUGAAACUUGCUGAUAUGUCAUGUCGUGAUUUAGUUAAAGAAGCUGCCAAAAUUAUUUAUCUUGUUCAUGAUGAAUUAAAAGAUAAACAAUUUGAAUUAGAAAUGAGCUGGGUUGGUCCACAUACUAAUGGUAAACAUGUAAGAAUUCCAGCAAAUAUUAAAGCUGAAGCUGAAACAAAAGCAAGACAAGCUAUGGCUGAAGAUUCUGACAGUGAUACUGAGGAUAUGUAAAAUUAUUACAACCUAUCAAAAUAAAAAAAAAACCAAUAAAUAUAAUUAAUACAUUUGUAAUAAAAUAAAUUUUAAUAAUAAAAACAAAUGUUUUCUCUUCUAAUAUAAAUUUUUUAUUAUUUAUUUUAUUUAACUAUUCAUUUUUUUUUUUUGAUUCUUUAUGUCAAUGAAAAAAGAAGAUUACGAUAAAAAAUAUUUAUUAUUUACUUUUAGUAUUGUAUCAAUUUUAAUUAUAAAACUAUAUUUAUUAUUCUGAUUAUUUAUUAAUUUUCUUUUGUCACUCAUGAUGACUCGUUGUUUAAGUUUGUUAAUUAUCAUCCCAAGAAAUGAUGCGCAUGCCAGGAUUCCACCACUACUCGUCCUCAAAAAAAAUACAUCACAUAAAGCUUGAAACUUUAAAAGAAUCCUGUCAGUUUCAAUGAAUUAUUACCGGAAUAAUAUUUGAAAUAAAAAAAAAAAAAAAAAGAAA